CUCGAUGUAUAGUUAAAAAAUGGGAGGGCACACUUGAACCGAGCUGCUCUGUGAAGGUAGGCUGCAGCGUGUGUUUAUUGAUGAGAUGAAAAAGAAGAUGGAAGUGAGAAAUGAAACAAAGUAAAAGGAACAUAAUUUAACAACAACAACAACAACGCAAAAAAAGAAGAAGCCAAUACAACCGGACACGCGCGCGCGCUUCGUCGGGGGAGAAGAAAAAAAACGGGGGUAACCGUGGAAACGCUGUCGCCACUUUUGUUUUUUUUGUUUUUGCACGAGCUCCGAAGUACAGAGCAACACAUGAUUCGGACAGAACGCACCGACAGCCUCGCCUGAGCAACCCGCCGCCGGCCUCCGAUCCGCCGCCGCCACCAGCAAAACCUAAGCUUGACCCGCACUUCAUCACCAGCCACACCAAACGUCAUCUAACUGUGACAUCCGUUGCAAGGGGAUGACCGAGCGCAUUCAUAACAUCAAUCUCCACAACUUCAGCAACUCUGUCCUCGAGACCCUCAAUGAGCAGCGCAACCGCGGGCACUUCUGUGACGUGACCGUUCGGAUCCAUGGAAGCAUGCUGCGGGCUCACCGGUGCGUGCUGGCUGCUGGAAGCCCCUUCUUCCAGGACAAGCUGCUGCUGGGCUACAGCGACAUCGAGAUCCCCUCCGUGGUCUCGGUGCAGUCCGUCCAGAAGCUGAUCGACUUCAUGUACAGCGGGAUCCUGCGGGUGUCUCAGUCAGAGGCCCUGCAGAUCCUGACCGCCGCCAGCAUCCUGCAGAUCAAGACCGUCAUCGACGAGUGCACGCGCAUCGUGUCCCAGAACGUGGGCGGCUUCCCCGGCGUCCCGGGGGACUCCGGUCAGGAGACGCCCCGCGGCACGCCGGAGUCCGGCACCUCCGGGCCCAGCAGCGACGCCGAGUCGGGUUAUAUGCAAGCGACGUCGCAGGGCGCGGCGGACCGCGCCUACACCUCGCUGUACUCCUACCCGGGCCUCGCGCUGCAGAACGGCGGCGCCGCCCCCCCCCGCGAGCGGCCCCUGUACAUUAGCGCCAUGUCCGCCGCCUACGACCCCGCCCUCGGCACUCAGGAGGUCCCGCAGUCUCAGGAUCCGCCCUGGAUGAACCGCAUCCAGGAGAGGUCCCAGCAGGCCGACCGCUUCGUCUCCGCGGCCGAGACCACCCACUGCCGCAAGCAGCCGCGGCCGGUGCGCAUCCACACGGGCGGCGUGCACAUCAAGCAGGAGGCGGAGGACGAGCACGGCUGCUACGACAACCUGGGCGACUGCCGGGAGGAUGGCGACCGCCGCCACGAGGGCGCCGAGAGCGAGUCCAAGGUGGAGAGCUUCGACUCGGGGGUGAGCUCCUCCAUCAGCACCGAGCCGGACGCCAUGGAGCAGCAGCCGUACAUGGCGGGCUUCGGCCGCGGCGACGGCGGUGGAGGCGGAGGCGGCGGCGGCGGCGGCGGUGGCGGCGGCGGAGGCGGAGACCCGGUGCACAUCGAGGUCAACGAUUCGUCCCCGGAGCAAGAGCAAGACCCGGAGGACGGGGACAUGUCCCACAGCACUAGCGACAGCGGCGUGAUGCACACCCUGCCAAACUCCGUCAUGUCCCUGUCGAGCGGCGGCGUCCCGCACUACAUGCACCAGGCGGAAUCGCACACCAGCAAUCUGAGGAUGCCGCAGCUCACCGUGACCAGCAAUUCCCAAGUGAUGGGCGGCGGCGGCGACGGCGGCGGCGGGGGCGUGAGCACCUUCCUGCCCACGCUGUUCCCCUCGCAGUCCAACAGAGACAAGUCUUUCAUUUACCUUCCCGGCCAGCCGCAGCCGCAGUUCGUCAACGUGCCGCCGGCCGCGAUGACGGCGUUCCCCAACGCCAUGGCGGUGCAGCAGCAGUCGCCGUCGCAGCAGCAGCAGCAGCAGGUCAUCGAGGGGCUCGGCCCAGGCGAGAAGAAACCCUACGAGUGCAGCAUGUGCACUAAAACCUUUACUGCCAAACAGAACUACGUCAAACACAUGUUUGUCCACACCGGUGAGAAGCCUCACCAGUGCAGCAUCUGCUGGCGCUCGUUCUCCCUGAAGGACUACCUGAUCAAGCACAUGGUGACGCACACGGGCGUGCGAGCGUACCAGUGCAGCAUCUGCAACAAGCGCUUCACGCAGAAGAGCUCGCUGAACGUCCACAUGCGGCUGCACCGUGGAGAGAAGUCCUACGAGUGCUACAUCUGCAAGAAGAAGUUCUCCCACAAGACCCUGCUGGAGAGGCACAUGGCGCUGCACAACACGGGCGGCGGAGGAGGCGGCGGCAGCGGCGCCAUCACGGGGCUGUCGGGCAGCGCGGCGGGCACCCCGGGCCUCGUCUCCGUCUCCAUCCCGAUGGCGAUGGCCGUCCCCGAGCCCGGAGCCGGAGCGGCGGUGGCCCUCGCCAUGCCGGUGGCCCUCGCCAUGCCGGUGGGCGUGGGCGGCGGCGGCAUCGUCGUCGUCGGAGGAGGAGGAGGCGGGGUCCUAACGGGAGUGGGCGUGGCCACGGAGGCGAGCUGCCAGGAAGGGACCACCUACGUGUGCUCCGUCUGCCCCGCCAAGUUCGACCAAAUGGAGCACUUCAAUGACCACAUGCGAAUGCAUGUCUCCGACGGAUAAGUACCAACAGAGAAACUUCUUUCAGAAAGAAUGACAAAUAAAAUGGCACUAGAUUUUUUUUUUUUUCCCUUUACUUUGAGGUAUGAAGAGUAAUGAGUAGAGACACUGGCACAUUAAGUUCCCCCCCCCCAAAAAAUAUUUUUUUCUUUUUUUUCCGGUUUCUUUCUUUUUUUCUGUUAUUCUAAAAAGAAGAAAAAAAGAUGGUGGCCUUAAGGCUUUAGUAGUUUGAUAUUGAUCUACUGGAUGGAUCCUAACUACAGGCCUCUAAAUGUAUGCUUUCCUAAAAUAUUGAUUUACGUGUUGAACACUACCGAAAGGCCUACGAAAGAAACACAUACACACAAACACACCGUUAGUGUAGAUAUGAAUGAAUAUACAUAUAUGUUUGUGUAUGUCCUUUUGUCUGUGUGUGUGUGUGUGUGUGUGUGUGUCUACGUGUGUGUGUGUGUGUGUGUGUAUGUACAUUGCCAUGAAAUAUUAAUCGUGGCAGUUGUGAACCCAUACUGACCAGUUUGGAAACUAGAGAUGUCCGAGCUUACUGUGGUAUAAUUUACAACAACAACAAUAACAAAAACGAAAAAAAUCACCUGGGGUCGGGGCUACAUAUUCCCUCUAAAAAGAAAAUACAAGAAAUACUGACGGUCACAAUAUUGCCUUCUGUAAAAAAAAAAAGUAAAAAAAGGAGAGUAGUUAAUUUGACACUGGGUUUUAUUUACUCCUUUAUUGUUAUUAAGGGAUUAUAAACGCAGCUGUUGUCAAGGUACCAAUUUCAAUCAUUUUGAACCGAAAUGUAAACAAAUAUUUCUCAUAUGUUUUUGUAAUUGUCGUCCAUGCAUUUUGACGGAUAUUACGUUUUUACCAAAUGGGGGGGGGGGGGGGGGGGGGGUUGACGAGACAGUAUUUGAGCAACAAAAAAAAGUUUUAUUUUGAUUUUUUCCCCCCUGAAGUUUGGAGUUUAUCUCAUUUGCAUACACUGCCACUAAAAUAAGACUGUUAAGGCGAGUAGACCUCUUCCAUUUCAAAAAACACGAGAACAAUAGAAAAGAUUCUUUUUUGCUGAUGGGUUUAUUUAUUUUUAUUGUUUUAUUGUUGUGUGUUUUUAAGCCUUUCACAUUCACACAGUUAUGGCAGGUAUAUGCGAUCUAAACUCCCUCCUUCAUACAGUAUAUUUGCUGCUCCUCCUCAACUUGCACCUGACUGUUAUGGGAAAUUCAAAUUGUCACUUUAAUUAUUCUUAUUGAUUAGCCCACGUGAUAAUUGGAUUAUACGAUUAUUUUUUUAGGGGGCGGGGUUUAAGGCUCAUCGUUGAUUGGAACAGUGUUAAAAGAGGGAGGGAUUUAAAUUUGUAUUAAUCAGGGGAAAAAAGCAAUGUCAUCCUGACCCUGAACCCCCCGUUUAACCCCUUCAUGACUAUUUCAAAGCAAGCGGGAGAUGAUUGCGUAAUAACUCUUGAUGUAUUUAUCGGCUCCACUCAAAGUUAUGAAAAUUAAAUGCAAAAACAAGUAGCUCCUUUUUUGAAAAAAAUCACACUGUUUUGUUAUAUACCACAAGUUGCAGAUGGACUUCUAGACAAUAUAGUAAACAUUCCAGAUUUUUCAACAACAAAAAAACCUUCAAAAAAAAAACUACACAGCAUGUACAGAAUGGAUUUAGGAAGCCAGUGUGCAAAAGUUGUCAUCCAAUGCAUCGCGUCACAUACGGUUCAUUUCUAAUAUUUGAAUAGUUUUGUAUUGCUUUUUAUUCAAAAUAGGACACACACACACACACAGUGACACACACAUGCAACCGCCUGCAACUGCAAUCUGGAGGAUUUGCUCAUUGACGUGAGCGAAUGCUUUCGUAGUUGUAUUUUUUUUUUUUUUAAAGAGAGAGAGAGAAGAAUAACAAACUUUGUACGGCGGCGUCUUAAAAAGAACCGGCUGUAGAUUUAAAAAAUCAAAAAGUGCUACUUUGCACAUUUCUUUCUUAAAAUGCCUGUGCUUAAUAUUUAAUCCGUUUUUUUUUCUCCUUCCUUAAAUGUAUUUAUGAUUUUCUUUCUAUUCAAUUUCAAAGGAAAAAAACUAAAACAUUUUUUUUUGUAUUCUUCGAUAAGUGGACUGCGUUAUUUUCUUGCAUAUGUGUUGCACUGCUUAAACCAAUAAGUGCACUACUGUUAACAGAGAUAUUAUAGUUUUAGAAAAGAGGAUUGUUUUCUUUUUUUAAAUCUAACAUUUGGUUGUAAUAGAAUAGCUUUCAAUUUAUUCAUUCAGUAAUUCAGUGGUUUCUUGGCUUUCGUUAUCGCUUGCAGUUUCCUAAAAGUAUACCCUUGUGCCGUGUUAAUGCAAGCAUUUAUUUUUUAUUUAAAUAUGUACCAUAACGUGUGCUCAUCUAUGUGUUAACCUUCUUUUUUUAUUCAUUCUUUUUACGGAGAUUUAAUUCUCCCUGUAACAGUUAAUCGCAUCUCUUUAGAAACAAACAGCGUUUUCCAAGCCAAACAACAGGAAUAAUAAUAAUAAUAAAACGCAACUCCCGUCCGACUCCGUUGUCGGAGGUAAUGAUAAUAAUAAUAAUAACUAUUGUAUUAUUAAUAGUAAUACGCUGAAAAAAAUGUGUGUGUGUGUAACAUAAACGAUAUGAACAAC